UAUCCAAAUAACACUAUCAUAUACAAUAUGGUAGGAGGGUUAAACUCGCUAGCCAAAGGAUAGGCUACAAAAUGAAUGAACCACUUUGUAUGCAGGAAAGACAGCAUCAAACCACUACAGAUGGAUGGCAGGUUGAGGAAACAGCAUCAGGGCGUCAGGCGAAAGGGCAACUUACUGAGCGGCAGGUAGAGGGACAGGAGAGUGGAGGAGAACAGAGGGGGACUUUUGAAAGGCGACUUGUGGAAACCCUCUUGGAUGUACUAUUCUAUGUUGGAUGGAACAUUAUUGGAAUAUUUCAUUUGGAAAUUUGAAGCCCCACAGGAACCGUAAACCACAGGAGCAAAAUAACAGCAUUAAGGACUCAGUCACCACUCACUGACAGCCCUAAGCCAUUGACGGGCAAGCGUGGAGCGUGUGUGUGUAAAUCUGCUGCUGUGAUAGGGACCGAUGCCAGAAGUUGAUGGACUGAUGGAGAAGUCCUGCGAGGCUUUGUGCCGAUCGCUGGUGGCCCACAACGGCAUCCAGGCAGAGAGCGCGGACAUCUCCCACUCCGUCCUCUACACGUCCCUCAUGGGGCUGCUACUGGUGGCUGACAAGAAGGCAGAAAUCCCACUGGGAAGUGGGCAAGUUGGACUGCGAAACGUGGGGAAUACAUGUUUUCUCAACGCGGUGGUUCAAUGUCUGUCUCACACACGGGGCCUGCGGGAUUACUGCAUCACCAAAUCCUAUCUCCAGGACAAACAUUCAAAGCAAGAGCCUGUUCUCAUGAAUGCGUUCACUCAGGUGCUGUCUGGGCUGUGGGACGUAGAUGGCAGGGACACAGUUGUGAAUCCAAGCAGGUUCUACAGCGCCUUUAAAGAAGCCGUGCCUUACUUCAGUGGCUACAGUCAGCAAGAUGCUCAAGAGUUCCUGCGGUUCCUGUUGGACAGGCUACACACCGAGAUCAAUCGCCGGCCCGCCAAACGUCCACCUGGAACAGACACACAGGAGCCUAAACACAAAAUCUUCAGGUUGUCUGAACAGGCCGCUAUCAUGUGGAAGAAACACCUUGAGAGGGAUGAUAGUAGAAUUGUUGACAUCUUCUCAGGUCAGUUGCGUAGCUCCCUGCAUUGCUCCAUCUGUUCCCAUUACUCCAACACAUUUGAUGUGUUUUGUGACCUGUCUCUCCCGAUUCCAAAGAGGAGUGGAGACAGAGUGUCACUGAAGGAGUGCCUCGACCUUUUCUCACAGGAGGAAAAGCUUGAUGAGGAAAAUGCACCGAUGUGUGAGAGGUGUUGUCGUCGAACAGACAGCACCAAAAGACUGACCAUUCAGAGGUUUCCCAAAGUCAUCGUCAUACAUUUGAACAGGUUUACCAUGUCGAGGUACUCCAUCAGCAAAAGCACUGUGUGUGUGUCCUUCCCCAUAACCAAACUGGACCUUGGGCCAUACGGGCCUGUGGACUGUGGGCCAGUGCUAUAUAACUUGUAUGCGGUCUGUUAUCACUCUGGCACUGUGAACAUGGGCCACUACACAGCCUGUUGUCGGGAUGAGGAUGGUUGGUGGUACUACAAUGAUUCAAGUGUGCAACAAGUCCCAGACAACCAGCUUCAGUCAAGUCAGGCCUAUGUUUUGUUCUACCAGUUAGACAACAGCGCCAUGAGACACUAAGAUGUCAGGAACUACUUUUCUUCCUUAACGGACAGACAACUACUUGAGAAAGAAUCUUUGUGCUUCACUCUCUCAGCUCAUCUCCAGCUCAUCUCCUGUGGUCCUCAUAUUUGACACCAUACUGGCCAAUUUUUUUAUCCUGAACUUUUCAAGGCAUCAUGCACUUCUGCCUCGCCUUUGCCACCCAUGACCAGGCUUUGGCACUUAUGGCCACAUCAGAAUAUGCUUUUGAAUGUGUUAUUUUUAUCUUAGAUAUUGUUUUUAAUACACUUAUUGUAACUAUUUUUUUUUUACUUUGCAAUCAAUCUCAUGUGUGCUACCUGAAGAUGCAGUGGGUGGCAGCACCUGCUAUAUACAGCUCUGGGAAAAAUUAAGAGACCACUGCACAUGUUUCUGAUGUCAUCUUACAGUUGCCGAGUGACAUUCACAUUAGUUGACGAUCAUAUUCAAAAUUAAGAGAACACUGCAAAUCUGAAUAUGACCGUCAUGUAUUUGGACAAUUAUAGCCUAUUCAUUAUUUGACUUGAAUAGUCUCCUUCACAAACAUAGGAUGGUGUAUAUUAUUGAACUGUAUAUAUGAAUAUUACUACAUUUACAUUGUACAUAACAUUGUGUUCUUAUUUUUUCUAAUUAUGUACAUUUUGAAUUUACCAACUACUCUUGUAGCCUAUACUGGUGUCUUGGUAGAGUUGAAUAGUGAAAACUGUGGAAAAAUGUUGAGCCUAAAAUGAUUUCUGCUACAUUGAAAAAUAUAUUAUUUUCAUUUUUAUAUCUGUUGAGUCUAAUGACAUAAAAACACUAGAGUUGAUCAAAGUUCAUUAUUCAUUUACAGUGAUGCAUGAGGUUUUAGGCCAUUAAGCUAAUUGAUGUUGUGAAAGUCUAUAGGAAAUGUUUGCUAAAAUGUCUUGGCUAGGC